AUGGCAGACACUCUCGAGUCUGGGAGCGAGGGCGCCGGAGAGGCUGGCGAGGCAGCAACACCUCAUGGGAUUGUAAAAUGUCUGAAACUACCACUGCCUGAAAACAUUUUAGCUUAUCUAGAAAAAAGGGAAUUAGUAAGGGAUGAUCAGAUUAAACCUUGUAAUAGUUUGGCCGAAAAAGUUACUUCUAAUUAUAUUAUAGCCAAAGAAAUUAUUAGCAACUUGUGCUGGCAGGAGAAGAUGCUAGCAAAGCUUGUGUGCAGCACAUGGCUUUCUGCUGUACAUACAUUGGAACGGGAGCAACUCGGUCCUGCAGACUUUGUAAUGGAUUUGCAUUCAUGCUGCUCAUCUAGAGUGGGGAUAGAGUACAAGAAGUCUGCCAACUUUGCUACGGAGCCCUUGGCUGUACUAACCUUUGCAAACACGGCUGGUUUCAAUAUAACAUGCAAAUGUAAAGUCAUUUGCCCCAUUCCUUGUAUGCCUCCCUGUGAAAAGGAACACUGCUUGCUGGACCUGGUGCAGAGAUAUGUGAGUGCUCCAAAAGAUUGUAUGCUGACAGUGCGAGCUCAGUACCUCUCAUACAUGCCACUACCACAGUCUAUAACUUAUGAACAUGCAAUCACUCGCCACAUGUUUGUCCGCUCUAAUCCAUUCAUCGGAGGAGUCUACAUCCCAAAGCUACCUGAUGUACAAUUCCAUGUAAUAAACAUAAAGUCUAAAGGAGAUAUAAAAUCUGAUUUCUAUAGAGAAAUAGACAGGAUCUCAGAAACUAGAAUCUUCAAGGGAGUCAUUGUUUAUGUAACAGAGAAAUAUCUUUUGCACUCAGUGCAGGAUAUUGUAUUCUUAAAUUACUUAAAGGAGGUGCAACCUGAUGUUCCAUAUGCUUUGGGAGGAUGCAUAAUUGAGGAUACAAUGUUUGAACAGAGUGAUCUAAAUCACAUUGUAAACCAAGUAAAUGAGGGCAAAGACUUCAUCACAGAGAAUCUUAUCUCAAUCGGGCUGUUUUCAGUACCAAAGGGCGAAGAUAGCAAGGAGAAAGUUGAUAGGUACAACUUUGAAGUGUACUCACUUAUCAUUGAUACCUCGGACUGGGCCAAAUCAAGAAUAAGCAGUGCAAUCACUCAGUUUGCAGGACAAGUGCCGAGGUUCGAACACAGCGUGGCAAUCAAACUCUCCUGCCUCGGACGUGACCAAAAGCACGAAGUUGAGCAGGACUACUUUCGAGCAUCGUUUCCACAAACCCGCAUCGCCGGCUGCUACGGGAACGGCGAGCUCGGCAUCAACCACCCGCCGAGGCAGCCCGAGAAAUCUCCGAACCCUGCCAAACGUGUCUGCCAAGACACGGGCCCUCACUUUGGAAUUAUGUACUCAUAUUCCACGGUUUUCAUGUAUAUUGGCUGGGGAAAGAGCUCAGCUCCUGUGGAACCGUCGGCAAGCCUUGAAAAGACACGCAGCAAGACUCAAGCACGAUUUCGAACGAAUUAGCACGGUUUUGAACUACUUAGUAGUAUUCUCAAACGCUUUCAAUGUAAUUACAGGACUUUUCCGGUUUCAUAUUUUCUUUAAGGUGGGCAGUUAAAGUAUUGUCUUUAAGUGGGUUAGUCCAAAGCUCAAAGGUGAAAAGUUGAAAUGAGGAAAUAUGCUUCAUGAAGUAAAUGAACAAAUAAAUACCCUUAAGGCGUUUGCAACUUUGCAAGCACCAACUCUUGCUAGCAAGCCUCUUAAGGCUAAUUUGCACCAUAUGAAAUAGUUAAUAUUCCCAUAUUCUAGUUAUCUAGUACAUCGUUCGGCAACCUUUUAGCAGCCAAGGGUCACAUAGCAGUACGACUUUAUCAGUAUCAGAUAUUGUCGUUUGUCAAUAUUAUAUAAAAAAAAAUAGCCAGGGAGGCUUGCGGGCCGCCUGUUGCCGACCCGCUGAUUUGGUAUAAUAAAGCUAUCCCAUCCCAUGUCUAGUACCUAUAAAGUUUAAUCACAGUAAUUGACUGUAAUACCUUAUCCAUUUAGGUUUUAAUUAAAAUAACACAUUGACAAUGCAUUUACGCAUCAAUCAUUUAGGUGUA